AUGCGGAUUGUUUUAGCAUUGGCCUGUUUCGUGGCCGCGUGUCGCGCCGCAUUCAGUGCCGAGGAGCUCACGGAGCGGCGGUUGCGGACUCCAUCGGGAAUCAUACCUGUCAAGUCAAGCGAGUUUGACAGUUUCUUCGAGGGAGAAAAGGAUUAUUUCCUUGUCUCGUUCUUGACGGCACAGACAAACCAGAAAUGCCAGCUGUGCCGUUAUUUCCAGCUCGUGUACGAAACAGUUGCGCGCUCGUUCUAUGAAUCGAACCCGUCGUUCCAGAAAGUGUUUUUUCUCUCUGUCGAUGCGAGCGACAACAUUGCACACUUCCAAAAGUACAACAUCAGCACUGUGCCACACCUCUGGGUAUACCCUAUUUCCUCUUUAAUAUACAAGCCUGCUGAUAGCGACGAUGCGUUUGACAAAAGAAUCCCAAUGCCAGAGAGCUUGUCCAUUGUGAGCGAGCACUACACCUAUCCAAUAACGGACACCAUUAAGCAGGCGGAUCAGGAGCUCCGAUUUGCCACAUUUUUGGGCGAGCUCACCCAAACAAAAAUCGUGAUCAACAAGCCAAUGGACCUGGUGCUGGCAUUGAAGUACUGUGCUGGCUUCUUCGUUCUGUUCAGGGUUCUAAGGUCUAGAAAAGAGAAGGUGCUCGGCAAAAUUAAGAAUGGAACAGCAGUGCUGGUCCUAAGCAUCAUUGCAAUAUACAUAUGCUUUUCCGGCGUGAACUUUGCUGUGCAAAGAAACGUGCCGUUCUUGGUCAAGGACAAAGACGGGAGCCUCAAAUAUCUGACCCCCGGAGUCCAGAACAUGAUAGGGGCGGAGGUCACACUAUCAAUAGCGUUCCAGAUGAUAUUUUCGCUUCUUCUAUGGCUCCUAAUCCAAGGUAUUCCAAGAAUCCCAAAGGAAAACCAGGCUGUCGGCAUGCUCCUUUUUGCUGCCAUGCUCUUCAUCACCUACAACUUAUUCACCAGCAUGUUCAAAGCUAAAGACCCCGGUUAUCCAUUCACAUACCUUUAUAUACCUAUCUUCUAG